AUGGAGGAACAUGGCGAAUUUCAAUUAAUAAAUUCUCGUGACGUCUCCAACUGGGCAAUCCGGUUGUGCUACGAUCAGCUGCCACCUCGACGAGAAAGACAGGGGGUUGUAAAUGUUCUUUACGUUAUUGGGACUCUCAGUCGAGUAAAGAUAUCUACGAUGCGCAAGGACAUGGACGCGAAACUUUCGAAAGCUAGAGAACAGCUGCUCUCAUUUGGCUGCGACCUGAGAUUCAACCUCACGAUCUUUCCGCUCGAUGUUCCCAUACAUGGGAGUUCAACAACUCCGGGUCUUUCGGAAGCGGCUUUGGAGGCUGACAUGCAUAUAUUUGGAGGCAACGAAGCCUCGCCCGACACGACGUCGCCGGUGCCGUACGAGCCAAAUUACUUGGCAUAUUAUUAUGCAACCGAAGACGGGAUGGUUGCGAAUGAUCAUCGCUAUGUUAUCGGAAAAACCACGGGGUUGGGUAUUUUUAUGCCUGCAGUAGCGGAAGCAUUAGCGCGAGGGGGAGACUGGACGGGAGGCAAAGUUCUACAGGAGUGGUUCCCCGACGUCGUGAAAGAUCAUGCGGAUUGGCACGCAGUUGUCGGCCCUGAAGCUACAAGCCGUUCGACGUGGAUGGAGAAAGGAUACAGUGAAAUGCCCCUUCCAUUGAUUUGGUUCUUUCGUUUUCUGCCCUGGCAUGAACUCCAUGAUAUUCAGACCAAUAUGUGCGGAGCAAGCAGACUUGACUGA